UCCCCGCGAGCGGGGCUCGCUGCCGGCGCCGCCAGGACCCCCCGGCCCGGCCGCCCCCCGGGCUCGCUCUCUAUGCCGCGGCUGCGCCCGCCCCGCGCCGGGCCAUGGAGCACACCUACGGCGAGGUGAACCAGCUGGGCGGCGUCUUCGUGAACGGGCGCCCGCUGCCCAACGCCAUCCGCCUGCGGAUCGUGGAGCUGGCGCAGCUCGGCAUCCGGCCCUGCGACAUCAGCCGCCAGCUCCGCGUGUCGCACGGCUGCGUCAGCAAGAUCCUGGCCCGCUACCACGAGACGGGCUCCAUCCUGCCCGGGGCCAUCGGCGGCAGCAAGCCGCGGGUCACCACGCCGGCCGUGGUCAAGCACAUCCGCGACUACAAGCAGGGCGACCCCGGCAUCUUCGCCUGGGAGAUCCGCGACCGCCUGCUGGCCGACGGCGUGUGCGACAAGUACAACGUGCCCUCGGUCAGCUCCAUCAGCCGCAUCCUGCGCAACAAGAUCGGCCCGCUGGCCCCCGCCGGGCCGCCCCCGGCCGCGCUGCCCUGCGCCCACAUCUACCAGUACCCGUACCCCGGCGCCGCCGCCCCGCCGCCCGCCAAGGCCGGCCCGCACCCCGGGGGACACCUCGGGGCACCCCCGGUGGCGCUGCCCCGCUCCUGGCCCUCGGCGCACUCGGUCACCAACAUCCUGGGCAUCCGCACCUUCGUGGAGCAGGCGGGGGCUCUGGCUGGCACCGAGGGGGCCGCGUACCCCCCAAAGAUGGAGGAGUGGCCCGGCGUGAACAGGAGCGGCUUUCCCGGGCCGGGCCAGGCGGUCAACGGGCUGGACAAGGCUGCCCUGGACGGCGACAUCAAAUACCCGCAGCCCGGCGCGGGGCUCUCCUCCAUGGGCACAUUCCUGCCGGCCUGCGCUUACCCCCCCUCCGGCCAGCCCGGCGUCUACGGCGGCUCCCCCGGCGCCUACAUCGCCCCGGGCCCCCCCUGGCAGCCGCAGGGGACCCCCCUGGGCCACCACGGCCACGGCGUGACGGUGGCCGGCGGCGAGCUGGCCAUGGCCUUCAAGCAGCCCGGCAGUGAAGGGGUGGACCGAAAACCCCCCAGCCCCGUGGGGAAAGCUCCGGAGCCCCUGAGCGCCAUCCACGGAAUCUCCAUCCCGACCUCCUCGUCCUAGAGCCGCCGAGCAGCUGCCCAGGGACUCCUGGAAUCUUGGAAUCAGCUCCUGCAGCCGGGGCUGAAGCCCGGAGCGGGGACAAGGGGACAGCCUGGGCGGUGACAGGUGACUUUCUGCCUCGGCAAAUCCCCGGCAGGACAUUCCCGGAGGGACGCGUAUCCUCCGUCGGAUCGGAAAGGGAUGACGGAAGAGACUCAGUCUUCCUUCUUUAUUUUAUUUUAUUUUAUUUUAUUGUAUUUUCUCCCCCUUGCUUUCAGUUUUUCCUUCUCCUUCCCCACACUCCCGAGGACUGUUGGAUGCCGUGGUUCCCUCCGUCCCCGGGCACUGCCGGGAGCAUUCCCGGCUCUGUCCCAGCCCAGGGGAGCAAUUCCCGGCUUCCCCAAGGAGCAUCCGGGCUGGAGCCCUUUCUCCAGCCCCUUCCCAGUGCCUCUGGAAACGGACCAAAAGUGCCAGGACGUUUUAUGGGAUAUUUCUAUAAUAAGGAACUUUAAUAAAAAGUGACAACCGUGGGCACCCUG